AUGGCGGCUCAUACAGCAUACUGGGCUGCUGUUCUUUUCCUCUCCCUAAUUGGGGUUUGGGGCUUCCCCACCGGUCCGGUAUUUAAUCGCGACCCAGUUUGUGGCUACAAGUCAUGUCCGGCGACACAGCCCAGCAUGCUGAACGUUCACCUGAUCCCGCAUACGCACGACGAUGUCGGCUGGCUUAAGACUGUGGACCAAUACUUCUAUGGAGAUCGUAAUGAAAUUCAGCAUGCAGGGGUUCAGUAUAUCUUGGACUCUGUGGUGGAGCAGUUGCAAAAAGACCCAGCACGACGUUUCAUCUAUGUUGAAACCGCCUUCUUCUACCGCUGGUGGAGGAGGCAAAACCAGGCCACGCGUAAAAUUGUCACCCAACUUGUCAACGAGGGACGUCUUGAGUUUAUAAAUGGAGGCUGGUGUAUGAGUGAUGAGGCUACCACACAUUACAGUGCUGUUAUUGACCAGAUGACUCUGGGACUGCGUUUCCUAAACGACACGUUUGGGGAGUGCGGCCGUCCCCGCGUUGCCUGGCACAUUGACCCCUUUGGUCAUGCCCGUGAACACGCCUCAAUGUUUGCCCAGAUGGGUUUUGAUGGCUUCUUCUUUGGCCGACUGGACUAUCAGGACAAGGGGCGUAGGAUAAGGACCAAAGAAAUGGAGAUGUUAUGGAGGGCCAGUGACACGCUGACCCCGCCCACUGCUGACCUCUUCACUGGAAUCCUUCCCAAUGGUUACAACCCUCCUGAUGGCUUCUGCUGGGACCAGUCUUGCAGUGACGCACCAAUCCGUGACGACCCGGAUCUAGAGGACUACAACGUGGACCAAAUGGUGUUCAAGUUUCUAGAAGUUGCAGAGUCUCAGGCAACUUGGUACAAAACCAAUCACAUCGUCAUGACCAUGGGCUCAGACUUCCAGUAUGAGAAUGCUAACAUGUGGUACAAGAACAUGGACAAACUCAUCCACUACGUCAAUGCCCAGCAGUCCAAUGGCAGCAGGGUGAACGUGCUGUACUCCACUCCUUCUUGUUACCUCCAGGAGCUACACAGAGCCAACCUCACCUGGCCACUGAAGACUGAUGACUUUUUCCCUUAUGCCGAUGCUGCACAUGACUUUUGGACCGGUUACUUCACCAGCCGCCCAGCACUGAAACGCUACGAGCGAGAGAGUAACAGUCGCCUGCAGACCUGCAACCAGCUGGAGGUCCUCGGUGGUCCGAAAUCAAGGAGAGGCCCCCACGGUGAAGGCGACAGUGACACUAUGAGAAAGGCGAUGGCCGUAGCCCAGCACCACGACGCCGUGUCAGGCACAGAGAAACAGCACGUUGCCUAUGACUACGCCAGGAGGCUGGCCACAGGCUGGGCCCAUUGUGAGGUGCUGGUCAGUAACUCAUUGGCUGUGCUCAGUGGAUCUGAUGCUCCGCGAAUUUACUGUGAGGGUCUUAAUAUCAGUGUGUGUCCCCUUACAGAGAGCAGCCAAAAGUUCACUAUGACUGUGUAUAACCCUCUGGGACGAGCUGUGACCUGGUCAGUGAGACUGCCAGUCAAUGGAACUGCAUACAGUGUCAUAGAUCCAAGAGGAAAAAGUGUGGCCUCUGAGGUGAUUCCGGUAUCUAAGGCCACCCAGCUGAUCAGGAGGGACAGGGGCUAUGCCAUGUAUGAGCUUGUGUUCCAGGUUCAGGCCCCUCCUAUGGGCUUUAGCACUUACUCCAUCUCCAUGCUUCAGACCGGGCCUCCAGCAGCCUCACCCAAGUUCAGAGCUCCUCGCACCAUCCAGAACAAGUAUCUGAAGGUGACCUUUGAUCCCGACACCGGUCUUCUGACUAGCUUGAGUAACCUUGAGACUCUGCAGACCAUCAAGCUGAGCCAGAACUUCUACUGGUACAAUGCCAGUGAUGGAAAGAACAAAGAUAGUGAUCAGCCAUCAGGGGCUUACAUCUUCAGACCCAACUCCUCUACACCCUUCACCGUGAGCAAGACCGCUAAGAUAGAGACUGUACAGAACGGGGUGGUUCAGGAGGUGAAGCAGUGGUUCAGUCCCUGGAUUUCCCAGGUGGUGCGUCUGUAUGAGGACAGCAGGGAACUGGAGCUGGAGUGGACUGUUGGACCGGUGCCAGUAGACGAUGACCUGGGAAAAGAAGUCAUCACUCGUCUGGACACCGACAUCUUGUCCUCCGGCUAUUUCUACACUGACUCCAACGGACGGGAGGUCCUGGAGCGGCGGAGAGACUUCCGACCGACGUGGGACCUCUUUCAAUCUGAGCCAAUAGCAGGCAACUACUAUCCAGUGAACUCUCGUGUUUACAUCAAGGAUGAUGCAAAUCAACUGACAGUGGUGACAGAUCGGUCACAGGGAGGAAGCAGCAUCCUCAACGGAUCACUGGAAAUCAUGCUGCACAGACGGCUGUUGUAUGAUGACAACCGCGGCGUGGGGGAACCCCUGUCUGAGCCUGGAGAGAACGAGAACGGCCUGGUGGCCCGUGGACGCCUGCUACUGAGCCUCAGUAAACCCGCCACUGCUGCAGACACACACAGACCCCUCGCCCAGUCUAUGGUGCUUCAGCCUCUACUCUCCUUCCAACAAGGAACUCUGCACCCCAACACUAAACUGGAGUUUUCUGGGCUGCAGGCUGCGCUGCCCCCUGCUGUCCAUCUGCUGACAGUGUCUCAGUGGGAGAAGGAUUUAGUGUUACUCAGACUGGAGCAUCAGUUCCAAGCCAAGGAGAGCAAGACAUACUCUCAGCCAGUCACAGUCAACCUGCAGAAGCUCUUCUCUACUCUUGACGUACUGGGGGCAUCUGAAAUGAGUCUGGGGGCGAACCAGUGGAAAGAUGAGAUGAGUCGUCUAGACUGGAAAACUUCGGGGGGUGAGAAUAUGAAACCCCGGAAAGGAAUGAAAGGAACAGGAGAUGCCGUACCAUGGGAGGUGACACUAAAUCCAAUGGAGAUCCGCACAUUCCUGCUCCGAGUCCAACAGAGAUAGUUAGCUGCAGUUGACAACCUUACGACGGCCAAUCAAUUUCCAACAAUCAGCCAAUCGUAUCAGAUUCUCUCAUGUGACAUAAACUCUCUGAUCUGUUUAACAGUUCUGUAGCACACCAGCACCAAUGCAAUUCAUUCAGUUGUGUAGCUGGCUGGCAUCCCAGCUUCCUACAGGUCAAACUAAAAUCUUAUACCGCAGGAUGUCAAAGAUUCUCCGUCAAUGGGUUCUUGUUCGCUGAACACGUUUUAACACAGUUCCGGAAGAAGAUGGAUUAAUGUUCAGUUUCUCUCUCU